ACUAAAUUGUCACAGUUCCCCCGAACUGCUGAAGACAAUGUAUGCAUUGUUGUUGUUUUUCUCUGUGUGCUGCUGCUGCUGUGUGGUGGGUGUUCUUAGUGGUGAUAUAGAUGAAGUGAAGUCAGAAUCAGUGAUGGAGGGACAUUCUGUUACUCUACACACUGAUGAUAUUGAUAUACAGAGCGCUCAUCUGAUUUUGUGGUUGUUUGGACCUCAAGAGACUCUUGUGAUUAGAAUCAACAGAGCAGUCAAGAGCGUCUCAGUAUAUGAUGAUGUUCAUGAUGGGAUGUUCAGAGACAGACUGCAGGUGGAUGAUCAGACUGGAUCUCUCACCAUCACUAACAUCACGACUCAACACUCUGGACUUUAUCAAAUGACCAUCAGCAGCAAACAGAAGACCUCAUACACAUUCAGUGUUACUGUCUAUACUCAUCUCCCCAUUCCUGACAUCUCCAGUUACUGUCCACAAAACUCAUCAUCAAGCUCAAAAUGUGUGUUGUUGUGUUCAGUGAUGAAUGAGAGACACGUAACGCUCUCCUGGUAUAAUGAAAGUCAUGUACACUCCAGCAUCAGUGUGUCUGAUCUCAACAUCAGACUCUCUCUACCUCUGGAGGUGGAAUAUCAGGAUACAGACACAUACAGAUGUGUCAUCAACAAUCCCAUCACAAACCAGACUCAACAUCUCAACAUCAAUGAUGUCUGUCAGCCGUGUUCAGGCGAGUCACGUUUUUUUUGUUUAUUUCUGAGUUGUUCUGUUUUCAUUACCUGCUUCAACCAUCAACCAGCAGCUCUGGUUUAUGGUUGGACAUCAUCAUAUAAUCAAAGCUCUUGUUCUUGCUUUCUACCGUGUCUCUGUGAUUUCAGACACAUUCUUACAUAUAUCUUAACAAACUUAAACCGCUAAGAUAGGACUAGUUGUAAAGAGUAAAUGACGCAUCAUCAUGUUAGAAUGAUAAUAACCUGUAACGUGCAUAUGUAAGACCGAUCACACGAGCUAUAAAAUGUCCUGUGGUUAACCACUCUGGCGUGACAGGAAAGUAAUGAAGUGCGUCAUAAGUAUAUGAUACACACUUCUUCUUUCGCUGCUUCAGCUUUUUUCUCAUCACAUAGAAGGCUGGCAAGGAAAGGCCAUGAAACAUUAAAGUUUAAAACAUCUCUUCUGUUUCAUGUUAUUUAUUUCCUCAGAGUGUAUGUGCUGUUGUUAUUUUACUGAAGCUGUGAUUCGACUGGUCCUCUCAGCCGUGGUGGGUGUGGCUACCAUCGCUGUUCUGGCAAAUGACAUCAGAUCUACACGGUAAACUUUGCUGUAAUUUCGCGGCAGGUGUGCCACUAACUUACUGUAGAUUUAAGGUACAAGGUGUUUUAAGCAUUCAAUUUUAUAUUUUUCUUUCAUAAAACAAGACUAAAUAUAUUGGGUCACUUUUGUGUUUUGUACAUGUAUUGAAAUUUAUGAAUUUUUCAAUAUUUUUAAAUGUCAAUGUCAUUUUUUGCGGUGUUGAUGUGCUAAUCAAAAAGUCAAAGCGUUUUAAUUUUGAUCAAAGUAAUUGAGAACAGUACUAAUUGAAAAGUAUUUAAGUAUUUAUUUCUACAGAAAGUUACUGGCAAACCUGCUGCAAAAACUACAGCAAAGACUUAGUGUAGCAGAAGAGAGGAACAUAGAAAAAUAUCAAAGACAUUACAAUCAGAUCACUAAUGAAUUGUCUAAAUAUGUCAGCACCCAAGUAACUUGUAAUGCAGAAUGAGAUUUAAAAAAAGACUAUUUUCAAAAGCUUUUAGUUCAUCUGUAAGACAGUAAAAACAGCAAUAAAACAAUAUUCUGUAAUUAAUGUGCGUGUAUUUUUUGCAGUCGUAUGAGAAGCGGCAUGUGAAAAUACUCACUUUAUCAUUUUAUUUGACUUAUCUAAGGGACAGAUUUCCAAUGUUGUGCCUGAAAAAGUUUCAAACAAGGAAGUUUAAAUAGUUAUAACAUCAGUAAUGUGUGUUAUUAUUCAUUACAGGUCCGCCUUCCAUUAACAUUGUUGUGAUCUGUUGUGCAGUUGGAUCUCUGAUGAUUGUGACUACAGUUCUGAUCUUCUGCAUCUGCAGGAAACGAAGAGCGAAUACACAAUAGUGCAUUAACUUUUAGAUUUAUAUUCUUACAGUCAUGCUGAUGUCAGAUUAUUAACAUAACACAUCGUCUUUAGUCUCAUUUCAUACAUAUGACUUUCGUACACUGAUGCACUGAAUCGAUGAUGUUUAAUCAUACAACGUUCAUUUCAAGGGAAAUCUGGUGUGGCUUCAUUAUAGAAGCGGAAAUAAAUGUGGUUUUGUUCUGCUGGUGGACAUGACUGUGUCUAUUGCAGUUGUUGGUGGUCGCAUUCUUGUUUGUAUAGAAGAGAUGUGAACAUUGUGUGUUUUUUCUUCUCCUGUCCAGCUUAUGUUUCACUUUACGUAAAAUGGCUUUACAUUGAAAUAAUGCAAUCUUUUUGACAGAUAAACUGUUCCCUUAAAUCAAAGUGAUAAUACAGUGAGCUUUUACUGCUUUUUAAAGUGAAAUGUUAUGCUGUGCAUGAACGACUGUAUACAUUUCACUGUAAUUCUCAAGAUCUGACCUUGCAUGCUAAUUUUAAUGAAAGUUGUGUCUAUUUUUUAUUAAAUUGCAUGUACAUUUACAUUUGUGACCCUGGACAACAAAACCAGGGGGUUAUUCCACAAUAACAACAGUCACUUCAAUUCACUGAUCUGAUAUAGUGAUACAUGAUAUAGACUGUUGACUUUCACUUAAGACAUAACGGAUGUUUUCAUGUGUUUUUGACAUAAACUUGUAUUUCACAAUGGGCUAACUUACAUAAACGUGCAAAAAGACCGUCAGGGAACUCGGAUAGAACCCAAGCGCAGACAGUCAAAGUCGAACAAAAAGAUUCUUUAUUAAAUAAUAAGCCCGUAAUGGGGCGAAGAGGAACACAAAAGGUAUAAGGUAAUCAGAUGGGGACCAUGGACUUACUAGACCAGGGGGGGCAAUUAUUUUUCCCAGGGGGCCAAAUGAGCAACUGAAAAUAUUUUGGAGGGCCGGGCCAAAAUUCCGAACUCAAUUAUGCAUAAUAAACAUUUUAUUUCCCAAGUUUAGUCUUCUUCAAUUCUUUUUUUUUCAUUCAGUUUGUAAAAUCCAGUCUCUGUUGAGCUUUAACAAGUCCAUCAAAGUCAGGUUGAAUGUCUCAGGUGGAGAUGCGAAGCACAGCUGACAGAUGUUCAUCAGUGAGAGAGGAUCUGUACCUGGAUUUGGUAAACUUCAUAGAACCCAAAACCUUUUAGCACUCUGCCCAGGCUGAGCCGUCUGACAACUGUGUGGUACCUGA